UGUGUCCGUACGGGAGUGUCCAAGAAAGUCGGGCGCACGGGUGAACGAGAAUGAUAAGCGAUUUGCUUUGCUAGUGGAUAAUGUAGGUCGGAUAUUGCGUUUGUUUUGGUUUAUUGUUGGCUAUAUGUUGUGAGUUGAUGUUAAUUGUCUGGUUUGCGCCCGGUGAUCCGUGAGAUUUAAGAGAUACUGUGACAGGAACAUACUGUAAACAUUUGAUCUGUGGUUAAGUGCUCUUCCUAUUUGUUGAACGUCGCGAUGGCUGAAGCUGCAGCAGCUGCUAGCACCAAUCCUAAUGCCGAGAUUGUGCGAGGUCAGGUCUUCGAAGUUGGCCCUAGAUACAAGAGCCUCCAAUACAUUGGCGAAGGAGCCUAUGGCAUGGUUGUGUCCGCCUACGACACUCAAAAAUUAUCCAAAGUUGCCAUUAAGAAAAUAUCGCCCUUCGAACAUCAGACUUACUGCCAGAGAACGCUUAGGGAAAUAAAAAUUCUCACUCGAUUUAAACAUGAGAAUAUAAUUGAUAUAAGAGACAUAUUAAGAGCAGAAACUAUCGACCAAAUGAAGGAUGUCUACAUCGUUCAAUGUUUAAUGGAGACGGACCUUUAUAAAUUAUUAAAAACACAGAAAUUAAGUAAUGAUCACAUCUGCUACUUCCUGUACCAAAUUCUCCGAGGCCUCAAGUAUAUUCACUCUGCGAACGUGCUGCACCGAGACCUGAAGCCAAGUAACCUUUUGCUGAACACCACUUGUGAUUUAAAGAUUUGUGACUUUGGUCUCGCACGAGUGGCGGACCCCGACCACGAUCACACGGGAUUCCUCACGGAGUACGUCGCAACGCGCUGGUACCGCGCGCCGGAGAUCAUGCUCAACUCCAAGGGCUACACUAAAUCAAUAGACAUCUGGUCUGUGGGCUGCAUCCUCGCCGAGAUGCUGUCUAACCGGCCCAUUUUUCCGGGCAAGCACUACCUUGACCAGCUGAAUCAUAUCCUUGGUGUAUUGGGCUCACCCAGCCAGGAGGACUUGGACUGCAUCAUCAAUGAAAAGGCUCGCAGUUAUCUGGAGUCGCUGCCUUACAAACCACGCGUGCCGUGGACUGUACUUUUCCCUGGGGCGGACCCUCGCGCCCUGGACUUGCUGCACCGUAUGCUCACUUUCAAUCCGCACAGGCGCAUCACCGUUGAGGAGGCCCUCGCACAUCCUUACCUGGAGCAGUACUACGACCCUAAUGAUGAGCCUGUUGCGGAGGAGCCGUUCCGAUUCACAAUGGAGUUAGACAAUUUGCCGAAGGAGACACUCAAGAAGUACAUAUUUGAAGAGACUCUAAUGUUUAAGCAGCUGAACGAAAAUGCGUAGAUCCGCGGAACUACCCUCGAACGGCGUCUCAGCGAAAUAUCGCGGAAGCGUAUGCAUGCAAGCUCAAUUCAAGAUUUUUAAAACUUCAAAUAAAAUAGUUUUCUAAUAGAUUAGAUAAACAUUAUUCGAUCAAUACUUUUGCUGUAAUAAAGUCAUAUUGAAUUCUUUGACUUGUAAAUGUGUUGACGAAAUUGUUACUAAUCUUUGCAUUUCGAACUUUGAUAUCUUUCUUAUCUCAUUGCGAUUAGCGGAAUUUUACGACAAAACGUUGAAGUUUGAAUAAUUUCUUUAUAAAUUGUAAACAGUCUUAGGUAAAUAGGAGUUUGCAUGCGUUUAUAAUAGUUGUGUGAAUGUUAAAGCAGCGACCCACCAUAAGGGUUGACCAAAGUGAUGGUAACCUUUUAUUGUAUUAAUAUCAUUGAGUAUUGUGGUAUGCGUUCAAUUCGCAGACUUUCGGUAUUACGUUUAAUUUCAUAUCAUUUUUUUUUCGGGAAUAAUUUCUUCUCGAUAUUAGAAUAUUUAAUUAAAAACUAUAGAUCAUACAACCCAUUCUCCCAUCCUUAGUUGACUAUCUUUCAAAUAUGUGAUAGCAAUCAACGUUUUACAACGACUUGGUUUUAGAUUAAUACAAUUUUAUUUCGACUAUUUCUUAAGGUAAUUAAAAUCAAAUCUAUUUUAAAAUUUAAUAUUACUUAAUAAUAAUAGUUAAACGUUCGACUGGAUGAGUAGAAUUUUCAAACGGUAGAUAUAUCGAAGUAUGACUUUAUAGAUAGAUAGGACUUUUCUGAAAUUUAUCGACGUUAUAAACCUAGUCGUAUAUGGAAAGUUUAAAGGCUCGCGUGGAAAUAUUAUACAGUAUUACAGCGAACUCUGUUUCGUAUCGAGUAUGUUUUAGAGUACAAGGGAUUGCGUUACGUAUCACGGUAGCAAUGUCGAAUGUUACGACGUCGGUAGUAUAAUCUGUUUGGACCACGCGAACGGAACGUUUAUUUAAAUUUAAUUAAAUCGGUAACGAGACGGGCUUAAAGGGCGCAAGAUGUAAAUAUUUUUUACAUUUCGAAUAAAUGUAUUUUGAAGAAUCACUCGUGAUAAAUUUUUUUGAAGUACUAAAUUCCUAAUUGAUUCUUGCGCGAUCCCACGAGGCGCGUUUUUAUUAUUCGGUCGUGUCGCGGUGUUCGUUGAGAGACUUUCGUUUUUUAUUUGAACGAUUUUAAUAAUUCUCGUCUUCCUUGUAUUGGCACGUUCGCGCACAAUACGACUUUUAGAAUAGUUCUUUCUUCAUAUCAGGUGUUUUAAAGAAAUGUUCGUUAGAUUAAAAAAAAUCCGUUUCGUUUGAUUGUGCGGUUUGAGUGAGUUUUUCAACGAACGUACCGCAGUUGGCUUCGGGUUUUGAAUUCGAGGUUUAGACUAUUGUUACUCUUUGUGUAUAUCUAUGAAAUGUUAGCUACGAUUGGACCGGAUACCGGUGUUUCGAUUUAGGACGGUCACUUAUUAAUUAUAACUCGAAGAAGUUGUCUGUUGAUCGUAAUUAGGGCGUAUAAAUAAAUUAACGACUGUCUAAUUUAAAAAAGCCCAUUAAUUGUUUUGAUAUUUUACUAUUUAAAUUGUCUCAUAAUGUUCAUGGGACGUCUGUUUUAUUAAAUGUCAAAAUAUAUUUAUAAUGUUGCUUGCUAAAUUAAGACUGCGGUGAUAUUUGAUAAUGCCCAAAAUGUCACUAAUUAUAUAAUUCAUUUUUUUAAUUCUAAUUAAUUUCAGAUGUUAAAAAUUUCGAGAUAAAUAAUUAAUUAUUCAUUUAAACGAAGUAAAAGAAUGUUUAAACACUAGUUUUCGAUUGAUAAUAAAUAAAAUAUAUUUUUUAAAUAUAAAGCAGUCUAACUUUUAGUGAAAUUUCUGCUUUUUAAUUGGUGUUAACUAUAAACACCAAUGUCACACAUUUAUUAAUAAUAUGUAUUUAAAUAAGAAAAGCUUGACGAUAAAACAUUACUAUUUAUCUCGAAGAGAUUGAAAUUAAUCUGUUUGUACAGCUUAUGAAUCUUGUCUCCAUUAUAAGAUUUACAUUUCCUGAAUGACAAAUAUUUACAUGUGUUUUCGAGGAGUAAAUCCUUAAUUUUAUUAAAAGACAAUUUAUAAUCAUUGUGGAAUAAUAGUAGAUAUAUUACGUCUUAAAUGUGGAUUAUAUCUCAUUCGCCGGCUGUUCUCGUCUAUUGUUGAUCCAUUCGGUGCGACGCACGCUGCUCGGCGUUCGUUUCACGUUGCUUGAUGUUAAAAAUGAAAAAAAAAGACGGGCAUGAAUUCGAAAUUAAUAAAUUCUAGAACCGUCGAUCGGCGUCCUAUGUACAUGUCGUGUAUGCCCCGCACCUUGCUAAUAAAGGUAAAAUUUUGUCACCGCAUGGAAUGUGUUAAGUGUUGCUUGAUAUGAAUUUAAAUAAACUUCAUAUAUUUUAAUCGAUGAGAUAUUCUACUCUGAACUUUUUUCACGUCGCAGACCCUUACCAAUUUUUAAAUAAUAUUUUACCGUCAAAGUAACACGAGCAUUGCGUAUUUAUUGUUAAAAUAUGAGUGUUGCCAUAUUUUCUUAAGUCAUUAUGUACAAAUUGGAUAUUGUAAGAUCAUUUGUUAUCUGUCAACAGUUGAAUAUUACGAAAAUAAAUUUAAAACCUGACAUA